AUGAAACACAGUACUGCCAACAGACACUGUGGGGGAAGAAAUGUUAGCAAUGAGAACAAGGUCAAGUACAAACACGCAAUCAAGGAUACGCCUGAUACUGCUGCUGCUGCUGGGGCUGUUGGCCAUACACUGGCUGAGCAUACACCGGCGGACCACUAUAGGAAACAGCACUGGGGACUCCACCAUAAGGCUGCUGCUGCUGUUGCUGUAUGGGUUGGGCAUAGACCGGUUGAGCAUAGACAGGCUGAGCGUAUGCAUGUUGGACAGGCUGUGCAUACACUGCUUGCUGUGGUGGUGGUGCCGCUGUGUAACCUGACUGCUGGUAAGGUGGCUGUUGAUAAACCGGCUGUUGAUAAGGAGGUUGCUGGUAAGACGGCUGCUGAUAGGACGGUUGUUGAUAAGGCGGCUGCUGGUAGGUAG